UUGCCGGUCUCUGGAACAAGUGCGAGCAAAAUGGCAAGUCCAGUAAUCUCUGUUACACGUGCUCUCGGCCGUGCAGGUAGAGCAUGGAACAAUCUUGUGACACCUGCAUCCGUCAGUGUCUCUCAGAAGAGACAAUAUGGCGCUCAGGGCCAGAGGAUCAAGGUAGCCAAUCCUGUUGUGGAACUGGACGGAGAUGAGAUGACCAGGAUUAUAUGGGAGAAGAUUAAGGACACGCUGAUUCUCCCAUACCUGGAUGUUGACCUGAAGUACUACGACCUUGGUUUGCCAUACAGAGACCAAACAGAUGACCAGGUCACUAUUGACUCGGCUCUUGCCAUACAGAAGUACAACGUAGGUGUGAAAUGUGCCACCAUCACCCCUGAUGAGGAACGAGUAGAAGAAUUUAAGCUAAAGAAGAUGUGGUUGUCGCCCAAUGGAACAAUCAGGAACAUUCUCAAUGGCACUGUGUUCCGUGAACCUAUUCUCUGCGAGAAGAUCCCACGUCUAGUGCCUGGCUGGACACAACCCAUCGUCAUUGGACGUCAUGCUUUCGGAGACCAGUACAAAGCUACAGAUAUGGUCAUCAAGGGAAACGGCAAAUGCGAAAUUGUGUUCACUCCAGAAGGUGGAAAAGAAGAAAGAACAGAGGUGUUUACCUUCACAAAAGGGGGUGGUUGUAUGAUGGGCAUGUACAACACAGACGAGUCCAUCACUGGCUUUGCCCAUUCAAGCUUUCAGUAUGCCAUCAAUAAAAAAUGGCCACUGUACAUGUCCACCAAAAACACCAUUCUCAAACGUUAUGAUGGACGCUUCAAGGACAUCUUUGAGAGCAUUUUCCAGAGUGACUACAAGGCAGAGUUUGACAAGUUGGGAAUCUGGUACGAACACAGAUUAAUUGAUGAUAUGGUGGCUCAGGCUCUCAAGUCCAGCGGUGGCUUUGUUUGGGCAUGCAAAAACUACGACGGAGAUGUGCAGUCAGAUAUUGUUGCCCAAGGUUACGGUUCCCUUGGACUGAUGACUAGUGUAUUGGUGUGUCCUGAUGGUAAAACCAUUGAAUCUGAGGCUGCCCAUGGAACUGUCACCCGCCAUUACAGAGAACACCAGAAGGGUAACCCCACUAGUACAAAUCCUGUAGCCAGCAUCUAUGCCUGGACUCGUGGUCUUGAACACCGUGGAAAGCUUGAUGGAAACCCAGAGCUUGUCAGAUUUGCCACCACCCUGGAGAAGGCCUGUGUAGACACUGUUGACUCUGGAAGUAUGACAAAAGAUCUUGCUGGCUGUAUAUAUGGAAUCAAAAAUGUGAAGCCAGAACACUACCUUAACACAAUGGACUUCCUGGAGGCCAUCCGUACAGACUUGGAAAAGAAGAUGAACUGAUGACACUUGACAUAGUCAUGGAAUUAUCUAAUACAAUCAUUGGAUGCAGACUAGGCAGCUUUGCAAUCUAAGAACAUUUUUGUGGGGCGAGUGUAGAUCAUUCGUCACUUCAAACAGUCAUUCCCCACAUUUGUCUAUUUAAUAUGUAUUUUUUGUUGCCGUUAAUUUCCCCCUGUGUGCUAACACUGACCUGGCGGUGCUGUAUGUUCCCCAGUUCUACAGUGAGGAGAAAACCACAAUGUGCCAAAGGUUGAAAUCUUAUUAAAUUCUUUCUCUGGCAUGUUAAUAUCUCAGAAGAAAAGUAAUUUAAAAGAACUUUGAUAUAAAUUUGAUGGUGAAGCAUUUUGGUUGCAUUUAGAAUGGUUGUACAAUUUUCUACAGUUUUCAUGCGUGAACAAUAUAAUACAGAGUUACUCUGUGUGUGCAAGAUAAUAAAACAGAUCAGUAGUGACAAA